UCAGCAGCCGUUCUAUUGGAUAUCUCUUGUGAUUCUACGGAGAAGAGCAACUUUGAAGCUCAGACGUGUAAAACAGCUGCAGAAACAAAGUGAGCUGGAAGAACUCUUUCCAAACCUCAGCCUUGGACUGAAGCUCCCGUACAGAAGGACCUUCAGUCCCAUAAUGCCAUCGGCUCAACUGUUCCUUCUGCUAUUCUUUCUGGCUCUCACCAGUGUUUGUGUCAACUUGGGGCAGCCAUUUCCAGAGGAUGGUGAGAAUGAAGAAAAGAAUCACUUGGAUGAUGUCUUCCAAGGGGCAGAAAACAUCAUCUUGAGGUCUAUUCUCAGGAAGGCGGAAGAUGAUGAAGAGGACACCAGCAAACAGCCAAGUGCUUCUCAGCUGAACUGGAUUUCAAAAAGACAACACCCUGGAAAGAGAUCACUAAAUGAUUUAGACAAGAGGCAGCACCCUGGGAAAAGGGAAGACAUGAGUGACAGUUCCUACGGAGAAACUCUGAAGCGGCAACACCCUGGGAAAAGAGAGGAAGAUGAAGAAUUUGAGCGCUACUUAGAACUGCAGAAGAGGCAACACCCCGGCAGAAGGGCCCUGUGGGAUCUGUACCCUGAGAUCCCUAGCAACCAGCUGGCCUAUUUGAAUGAAUUAUCCAAAAGGCAACAUCCAGGCAAGAGAUAUCUGGCUUACAGCAAGCGACAGCAUCCUGGCAAGAGAAGUUGGGAGGAUGAGCUCGACAGCAGUGAGCAGGACUUGGAGAAACGACAACAUCCAGGGAAGAGGUUCUUGGGUUCCGAGAGUCCAGACUACCCUGCCCCUUGCGAUCCCCAGGAUUCUGUCAACUGCAGCAAAGGCAGCUUGUUGUUGGAGCUGCUAGACAGCGUAAACAAAGGCCAGGCAGAAGAGAAGCGGCAACACCCUGGAAGGAGGUCUUCAUGGGAUGGGGAAGUGGAGGCGGAGGAGUGAGAAAGGGGCAGUGUGUGAUUUUGCAUUGUUUACAUUUCUCUGAAUGAUCCCCCCCCUUCCCAACUAUUCAGAGUUCCACUCACAGCCCGUUUUGACUCUCUGCUUGCUGCCAUACCAUGCAGGUAAUUCUUUUGUUCCUCUUGGAUUAUGGUCCAGA